AUGCGGAGAGUUACGCUUGCUGGUGAGAGGCUCUCUUCCCACGGUCUUUGCUCGCGACCGUUAAGACCAGAACAAUACCUCAUGAACCGCCGAGGACUCCUGAAUCUCGGUCUCAUCGGGCCAAGACAAGUCUCGUCUGCUAGUCAGUCACCUCAAUUACACGUUCGUCUGUUCGAUGGUUCUCAGUCCCGCAAGACACGUCCUCGACGACACUUCCUUUUCCACGAAUUUACUACAACGGGCAGACUAUGGAACUCGUCUCCAGAGUCAAUCGAGACAACACGCAAGGCAGACAACGUGAUCCUUCCGACCUGGAAUUCACCAGAGGAGGAGGCAGAAUAUGCAACCAAGUUCUUUCAGGUGCUUCAAGAUGGUCAGCCGGACCAGAUGAUGACAGCAAUGACUGACCUACGGUCGGCGGGUCUGGUCGGAAGCUUGCCCCAGACCAUGUUCGUCGAGGCGUUCAACCAACUCUCUCCCGCAUAUUUUGUGGAGCCAUUCCGCGACCUCCACCAUCCCCUACAUACCUGGUCCACUCUAUUGAAUGGGCUGAAACGGGUCGAAGAGAUCUUUGAUGAUUUUGUAAGAAAUCUCUUGACAAUCACUCACUAUCGAGUUGCCGGAGAUAAUCUGCUUGGCCUCGCGGAAUACACACACCUCUUGGACUGCGCCCAGUCUAUGGGGAAUGGCCCACUUGCGGAUGAUAUUUGGAAGUCCAUGGAGGAAGUAGGUGUUAGUCCGGACGUGCAAUGCUACAAUCAUUACAUGGGAGCGCUCGUCUGGGACCACUGUUAUACUGGCCAGGAGGCUUUCAGGUUGCGAAUCCUGCCCCGUCACUAUUACAAGCGGCGCAUGGAGAGUCGUGGCGUCGGAUGGCAGGGCUACGGCACUGGUGGACUGAGUGUAAGAAGGAGAGUAAUGAACAUAUUCAGCCAAAUGCUCGAGAGUGGGCAUGUUGCCGACGAGCGCAGCUACAUUAAUCUUAUGCUUGCAAGUGCUCGCGUUGGUCAUGGCCCGGGUUUCAGACAAGUUUUGAUCGAAAUUUGGAAUCUCAAAGUCAAUCUCCUCAAGCGGGAGGAUCACUCGGAGGUACAGAUGCCGCCAACGCGGUAUGAGCCAUGGUCUGCACUUCACCCGACCGAGAAUCUUCUCUUCGCGAUCGCCCAUGUCUUUGGCACCAAUAAUGAUAUUCCUGCCGCUGUUCAGACAAUACAGUUCAUUGCCGAGAAAUACGAUAUUCCCAUCACACCUCGAGUCUGGCACGAAUUGUUCGAACGAGCUUACGUGUUGAGCCGGAUCAGAACCACUGAGACCACACAGGAGCAGCAAGCCAAUGAUAUAGGACGAGUAUCGAUGCAGGUGGUACAAUCAAUAUUCAGCACAAUGACCUCCGAACCCUACAACGUCAAGCCAACUGUCCAAACCCACCGCUUCAUGAUGAACAUUGCCAUCGAUAAGGGUAAUUUAGAAGAUUGCAAAACCCACUUGACUGCAGCCUAUGACAUUUUGAGCGAAACCCGACAAAAACAACACCAAGCACGCACCAUUGUGAUGAGAUGUCUCAACCCCGUUCUCGACGCUGCCAAAAAACAACGGCAAAGGGGACUCCCCGUCGACCAAAAUCUUUUCCAAUCACCGAUCCUCGCCAACGCAAUACACGCAUACGACCUCCUCCGUCUCGAGGUCUACCAACAGGCAUACCUCAUCCGCCGUGCAGUAUGGCUAAUCGCCCGCGUGCCGCAGUGGAAAGACACACCCGACAACAAAUGGUUCUACCAAGAGCGGCCCAAGAUAAUGGAAGAAUGGCAAGACUUUCUACCCGACCGGAAACGCAUCUUCUACGACGAAAACUCCGGCUUCAUGGACAUGAACGGGCCUACUGGGUUCAAAGACCGGCACUGGCAUAACGAGUCGUAUAUUCCCAUCCGCCGAAUGACAGACCAUGAGACCUUGUUCCAGCGCACUGAAGCACUCGCCUUUUCUGAGAGUAGGGAGUGGCGUGGUAUCCUCAAACUUUUUUCCGGGGUGGAUACGACUCGCGCGCCACUGAACCGCCUGUUUCACUUUGAGCGGCAACGUUCUCCCAAGUUUAAAGCUAUGCUGAAAGAGUUGCGGGAGAAUUGGGUGGAGUAUCCUGAGGAUCAUCUGCUUUCUACGGCGAAGAAUCCGAGUGCUGGGUUUUAUGGAAAGCUUGCUGCGCUGGGGUUGUUGAAGUCCAAGGAACGGGGCAUCUUUCUCUUAGAUGACAGGUCCUGGAUUUGA